CGAGGCUGACGAUCCAUGAUGGACAUGUCCGACUACCACGACGGCUUUCUGGUCUCGUACACUGUUUGAUACUGAAAAUCUACGCAGGUAGGCAGAAGAAGAUCGAAGGAGGGGGCCCUUCCUCGUACAUGUGGACAUGGGGCUGGGGCUUGUAGGGCCCCCUCCGAUGCAGGUGAGGUUUAAAGAGGCAGACACGGCGCCCGGGUUUCCGAGGAGAGUCUUUGUCUUCUCUUCCUUUCCUGACUUGGACGCACAGCUGGAGAGAGGGUACACAAUAUCUUACUGCUUCGUUGACGAAUACCUACUGGCGAGUAGAGACUGUGCGUACUGACAGACAGAAAUAAGAGGGAACAGUUUGUCCCGCCCCUGAAGGUAUACAUUACACAAGAGAUAUACGCAUACAUCUACACAGCACAGACUUGAACGGCUACGACGAGCAACAUAAGGUAUCUCUCCAGUCCAGUCAGCGAGCACUCACCUCAGUACCGGAGUCGACUGCAAAGCACACCACUGCCAGUACCUACCUAUACACUGCGUCUAUCAUGGCCCCAGCAACAGCAACACGAUGCCUAACCAUCGCGGCGGCAACAGCAGCCUUCUGGUCAGCCAGCAUCCUCACCACGUGUUCAGCACAUUCAGACCACGGGCAAGCUGAACUCUUCACCCACGAUUGGGAGUCGGACUCGAACCCAAUCUUUUCGCUCAACGUUGGACCCAACUACGCCUUCCCCCUCGAAGACCUCGACAAAGACCUCCCCUUCUCCCAACCCGUCACAUUCGCCCAUCUCCCCUGGCACCGCUGUUUCUCUCCCUCACACACCUCCCCGCUCGACAUCGCCAUUGUGGGAUUCCCCUACGACACAUCGACAUCAUACAGGCCCGGAGCACGAUUUGGACCCCGCGGGAUCCGGGCCGCCAGCUCACGCGAGAAAAAGGGUCGAAGCUAUAAUACGGUAUGGGGAGUCGAUCCGCUUACAGCAAGAAACUUGAGUAUUGUCGAUUGUGGCGAUAUUCCCAUCACCCCGUUUGAUGCGCAGCAUGCGUUUCGGCAGAUGGAACAGGGGUAUCGACAGAUUUUGUGGCAUAAUACCACAACCAGUACUAGUACCACAGACGGUGCGGCCGGUGCCGGCUCCACGACCUCGACUUCUGCUGACGGCUCCACGGCCUCGUCCUCAUGCGAUUGGCAUCACCCCCGGAUCCUAAGUCUAGGAGGCGACCACAGCAUCGUCCUCCCCAUCCUCCGCAGUUUGAGAGAUGUCUACGGCCCCAUCAGCGUCAUCCAUCUCGAUUCCCACCUGGACACAUGGGACCCCUACGCCGGAUACACUGGUAUCGUAUCGAACCAGAGCGCAAUCACGCACGGCACGUUUUUCUGGCACGCCGCCCGCGAGGGAUGUAUUUCCAAGGGAACAUCAGUGCACGCCGGACUAAGGACGAAAUUGUUUUCGCCGAAUGACUAUGUUGUGGAUCGGGAUGUUGUUGGGUUUGAGCUUAUUGAGGCGCAUGAGAUUGAUGAGCCUGCUGGAACGGGUGGGCCGGGUGGGAUGGAUGGAAUUGUUGAGAGGGUUAGGAAAAUUGUCGGAGAUACGCCUGUUUAUCUUUCGAUUGAUAUUGAUGUUUUGGAUCCUAGUAUUGCGCCGGCUACGGGGACGCCGGAGUCGGGAGGUUGGACGACGAGAGAGGUCAAGAGGUUUAUUAAAGGUCUUGAGGGGGUGAAACUCGUUGGUGCGGAUGUUGUCGAGGUUAGUCCGCCUUAUGAUACUGUUGCCGAGGUCACGAGUGUUGCGGCGAGUGAUUUGCUCGUGGACAUUAUGGCGCUUAUGGUUAAGGAUUCGGUGGGGACGAGGGGGAUGAAUGCCGCUGGUGUUAAUGACAGUGGGAAGAAACGGAGCGAUGAAGAUGGUGGCAAGGAUGAGUUGUAGAAAUUUGGAGUAGUAGGGCGUUGAGUGAGAGCCACAAUGAUGGUUGGAUCGUGCCCCAGGGCAUGGUUGAUAUGUGGUUCUUUGAGACUGCAGUGGUGGUUGGAAAGAUGAUGAUGACGGUUUGCUUAUGUACGUGGUCUAGAUACAGUGUACAUGCAAUGGCCUCCAAAUAUAUAUGCCCCAGGAACAUUUAGACCAUGCUGGGUCAAAUAACCAACCCA